CAUGAAUAAUGACACUAACUGCAAAUCAAACUCUAACCAUCAUCGAAAGUAUUAGCAUCUGCACAUAAGCAUUUAAAUGUAGAUGCAAUUACAUCUGGAAUUCUUGAUGGAGGACAAGCAAUACAUUAAUCAAUGUUAGAACUAUUUUAACAAUUAAAACAAGAAUAAUGACAUCCUAUAAAUAUUUUGAAAUAUAAUUUUACUUUUACAAUCUCUACUAUUGAUACCCUC